UGUCAUGAGGUACUCUCUCUCUCUCGGCAGCAUACAAAAAGCAAUCGCUGGAAGAGAGGGGAAAGGAGAGAGAUGUAGCAGAAGACAUUUCUGCAGAGUAUCUUCAUCGUGCCUAACGCUCAUUUAGACAAAAGGGUCCUCUGGAAUUGGGUUUCUGUAGUUCCUAUUGCAGCCAUUUACAUAUGGAGUCGUUAGCACCUGAUACUGAGGCUGUAGGCGCAGAGGUUUAUGCAGUUUUGGGUCUGAAUGGAUCACGCAGAGGAGCUUCGGAAACCCCUCGGGUAUUGUCGCUUCUCUCAUCUCAUCUUGAAAGAUCUGUUCAAAAGAGUGAGAAGAUACUGGAGACAGCAAAAAAGAAAGAAAUCAUUACAGUUUUCCAUGGUUCUAGAGCACCCAACUUGAGCAUUAGGCAGUACAUCGAUCGAAUUUUCAAGUAUUCAAACUGCAGCCCGUCCUGCUUCGUCCUUGCAUAUAUUUACAUGGACAGAUUCCUUCAACAACCAGACAUUCAUCUUACUUCCCUCAAUGUCCACCGGCUCCUAAUCACGAGUGUGAUGGUAGCAGCCAAGUUCAUUGAUGAUGCAUUUUUCAACAAUGCAUAUUAUGCUAAAGUUGGUGGGGUCGAUGCUUUGGAGAUGAACAGAUUGGAGCUGAAAUUCCUGUUCAGUUUGGAUUUCAGACUCCAUGUGAAUCUAGGGACAUUCGGGAGGUACUGUUUGCUGCUGGAGAAAGAAGCUACCGGAGGAGCACAUCAGAUAGAGCGGCCGAUUCAGGUCUGUGGAUUGAAAGGCUGGCCUAACAAGGAAGAUUCGAAGCGCCAACAACAAGCCAUCCAGAGAUACAGUUGCAGAGCUGUCUAGCUACAUAUUUAGUGUUUCGAAUGUGGUCUUGUGGGGUAAAAAAAUGAAGUAAGAUCUUAAUAGUGCUUGUAUGUUCAAUGUAAAAUUAUGAUUGUCACAUGGACAGCCGAAGGGGUUGUUCUUCUGGUCUUGCUCCAUAGAAUUUGUAAUAGAAGAUGCGUAUUUUUGUAUGUGUAAUGCUCUCUUAAUCCCUUCCCAUGUCA